AUGCACUAAUUCAAUCAAUGUCUUUAAUUAUACACAUCGAAAAAUUAUAAAAACUAAAAAUCAAUAAAAUUCGCAUUGAGACAAUUCUAACAAAAUUUCACGUGAAUAUUUUAACUUAUAAAUUAGUAAGAAAGUAGGAACAGUUUGGAAAAGUCAAGAAAGGGCCCAGGUAGAAGCACUGAAGCAGUAAUGGAGCACAUGGGUUUGUAAGUUGUAACAUAGAGAUUCGAUUUAAAAAAAAAAAGAAAAAAAGGAGCAAGUCUAAAAUAAAAGUGAUAACGGUCGAAAAGCCGUUAGCAGUAAAUGGGAGGCUUUGCAGUGGGAGAUUAAUUUUGGUAUACACUAUUUCGUUCUUUCUUUCUUUCUUUCUUCUUAACGUUACAACUAUUAACAAUUACUCUGUCUUCUUUGCUCUCAUCGUCUUCUUACUCUUAUUCUUUACUUUCUUCUUUAUAUUUGGCUGUUCUUACCUUCUUUAUAAUUCUAUAUUCUAUCUCUUUCUCCCUUAAAUCUUAAUGGAAGCAGCUAAGAUUGACUGGAAAAGCAUUGAGUCAGUCUUCGUGUUGGAUCAAGUUUACGAAAACAUCAAUGCUCCUCAAUGGGUUGAUUUUUUAGCUUCUUCUUCUCCUUCCCUUCUCCCUCGAGAAGAUGACGUUGCUUGGUUUUGCCGUUCUGAUUGUAAGCAUCCAAGGUGUGCUGAAGACUUCCUCAAAUCCAGCCCAACAUCCAAGCUGUUGAGAUCAGUCAGUGUUUCAAAGCUCAUCGGCCUCACCGAUUGGACUCGCAGGGAGGCAACCAAUUUGAAGAGGCGUGGAACAACCAAUCCAAAUGAAUCGGAAUCAGGGGAUAGUGAGAAUCAAAAUCCAAACUUGUCAACUCCUAAUCAAAAUCAGAUAAAGUACAAUAAAAACAAGGCUGCAAUCAAGUCGAGUGCCCAGAAAGAGGGUGUUGAGUAUAGUGACAUCAUGUUAGAGAGUACUCUGAAGCCCACUCUUUCCGCCAAAGAUUUGUUUGGUGGGACUGGUAAGGACCUUUUCGGUAAAAUUACAGACUUGUGUCACGAGUUGAAGAAGAUGGCUUCAACCAGCAAUAGUAGUAGCACUAGCAGGGCUCCUACUCCAACUCCAACUAAGGAUCCACAUUUCAAUAAUUCAUUUCAAGAGAAGAUGACGGAGAAAGAGAAGGAAAGGAAACCUUUGCUUGAGGUUAAACCACCUGCAUCUGCUGACAAAACCAAUGUCAAAUCAAAACAGCACAAUAAAUUGAGAGGUGAAGAUGGAGAGAAUAUCCCAAUUUCUCUGAAUUUGAGCAAUAUAAAGCAUAACGAUAAGAUGUCACCUAUGGCUAUACGGAUGAAUCCUCCAACACCCCAAGGUUUUUCCGCUACACGUGAACCUAUCAAGGCCACCCCUUCAAAGGCUCAGGCUCAAAAGUCUAGACUCUUGGGGAGAGAAGUAUUUCAAGAACUGGAGCAGAAGAACAAAACAUUGAGGGAAGAGCUAGGCCUGGGAGAGAAGAAUGAAAGUGGAAAUGCAUCAACUCUUGUUGCAGCAGCUAAAGAAGGAAGAGCGUUGGAUGUCUUUUGGUUUUUGAAGCCUUGCACACUUUCCAACUAGUCAUAAGGAAUCCAAUUGAUUCAUUCAAUUUGUCAUACAGUAGAAGUCAUACAUCUUUCUAUAGGUUUUGUAGUCAUUUCAUUUAUUCCAUUCUUUCAUUAUUCAAUUUGUCAAUUAUCACAUCUAAUAAUAAGUUGUUAUUUAUCUGUUCUUCA